ACAAUCUCGCAGUCUAAUCCAGAGAGUGAGGAUGCAUAGCAGCAGUGAUAUGUGUCGAAUCAACACGGAUAACCACUUCUUUCGGCUGUGAUUGACAAAAGCCCGCUAAUACUUUGUUCAUUUAGUCCCAGGAGACCAUUUUUUAACCUUAAGCAGCCGGAUUUCAAUCUCAUCCGGACCGGGACUUUGCAGACGUUACGUUGGGACAAUGGAAUCCAACGUGAACAGUAUCCGCCCUCAGAGGCUACAGCCGGGGAUCGGAUUCGGUUCAGGACCGACCGGGACCCUCCGCUCAUCUCUCCGGCCUGGGGUAACCGUCCCCAUCGCACCGCUCCUUCCCUCCCCGGUGCUGCUGGCCGCCUCGUCCGGGCCUCCUCCUCCGCCGCCUCCGUUACAGCUCCACAGCUUGUACGGCGGGUUGGGAGCCGGGCUGGGGCCGGGGGCUGCCGGACACUGUAACCCGGGGAACCCGGCGGUGCUGAAGGAGGCGGUGGAGGCUGUGGUCCGCAGCUUCGCCAAACACACACAAGGUUAUGGCAGAGUAAACGUGGUGGAGGCCUUACAGGAGUUUUGGCAGAUGAAGCUUACCAGAGGGGCCGACCUGAGGAACGGAGCUCUUGUCGUUUAUGAAAUGGUCCCAUCCAACAGCCCUCCUUACGUUUGCUAUGUGAGUCUUCCUGGAGGAAGCUGCUUCGGAAGUUUCCAGUUCUGUCCCACCAAAGCAGAGGCGAGACGCAGCGCUGCCAAGAUUGCCCUGAUGAACUCUGUUUUUAAUGAACAUCCUUCCCGCCGCAUCACGGACGACUUCAUCGAGAAGAGCGUCAGUGAGGCGCUGGCCACCUUCAAUGGCAACAGAGAAGAGGCUGACAAUCCCAACACAGGAAUUGGAGCCUUUCGCUUCAUGCUCGAGUCCAACAAAGGAAAAUCCAUGCUGGAGUUUCAGGAGCUGAUGACUGUGUUCCAGCUGCUGCACUGGAACGGGAGUCUCAAAGCCAUGAGAGAACGACAGUGUUCCCGACAGGAGGUGCUGGCUCACUAUUCCCACCGGGCUCUGGACGACGACAUGCGCACUCAGAUGGCCGCCGACUGGGUGAACCGAGAGCAGAGCGUAGCGGGAACUAUCGGGCAAGAGGUGGCGUCCACAGAGCGAGAACUGGAGGACGCCAGGCUGGCGGGCAGAGAGCUGCGAUUUUACAAAGAGAAGAAAGACAUCCUGAUGUUAGCUGUGGGUCAGCUCAGUGCAGCCAACACGGCCACCCUGCCCUCACACUAAAAAAAAAACAAACACCGCCAUCUAUUGAGGAAAGAAGCUUUCACACUCUGUCGGAUUCCUGGUAACAGUAACAGUUACUACUUAUACAUAAAGGUGACUUGUCUGAACUUAUGUAUCUUGUGUUUGGGUUUGAGGACCAGGUGAUUAGGCCUUCACUUACAGUGUGCACAUCAGUCCAUGGAACACAAACUUACAUCACCGCUCUAGCCGUUACCUCUUUGUGCCUAGUGAUUACAGGAUAACCACGCUUUCUUAAAAAAAAAGAAAAGAAAAACGCCCAUAAACAUGUUUGACAUACCAGCUGACUUAGAGGGUUUCAUACUUUUUAAAAUAUUUCUUACUUCAUUUACUCAAAGUAGACCUGCAGAAAGAAAUCCUGCCUUUGAUCCGUGAAUGUACAGGAAAGAGAUCUUAACCAAACUGAUCUGAUCAAAAGUUUGGAUCAUUCUGAAGUUCAUUUCAACAUGAUUUAUACCAUUUUCAAGCGUAUAGCAUUUCAGAUCCUGGCAGAUGAAAGUUUAAAAAUGUAUGGGUCUUAAAACCUUAAUAAGAAGUACUCGAUGUGUGUGUGUGUGUGUGUGUGUGUGUGUUAAUAAACAAAAUACUUCAGAAGCACAAAAAAGCAAAGACAACAACAGUGUAAGGAUCCACAAAGAUAACCAAAUGAAUACACAUCCUUAUUCUGCCUGUUCUAAUGACAGUAAAGGUUAGUAUGUGGAACAGAUAACUGGCUUUCUAGUAAGCAUAAAAAUCAUGUUACAUUUUGAGGGUACUUUGCAAAAAUGUCAGCAGGUGACCGAUUGCUCUGACAGCAGCUCAGGUUUUUUUUUCUUUUCUUAAAUCAGAUAGUGAACCAUUGCUUUUCUUUUCUUUCCUAUUUUUCUGUGAAGGCGUUGGACAUAUAUUUAGCGUUUCUUGUAUACUUGGUGACCGUGACACCAGCUGAAUGUACAUUGUUUUUUUUCCAGUGAGCUAUCAACUAAAGGAUCUGCAAAGUGUUUAACAUUUAGACUAUUGAGAUACUCUUGUGAUACAGAUUGUGUUUGUCAUGUGCUUCGUCUGGCAGAAACAAGGACUAGCCACACUGCGGUGAUUGAAGGGGGAAUGUGAAGGCAAAAAAAAAAGAAAAAAGGAGUUGAGGGCUCUUUUAUUGAGAUGAUUCAUCGAGUGUGAGUCACAGUACUGAAAACAAAAACAGUACCAGCACUUGUGUUGAUGUUUGUUUUUUUAAAUAAUGGAAGAAAAGUUUGAUUGUAAAAAGUGUUAGUGGGCUAAAACAAUGUACCACCUUUCAAAUAUCUUAAUGUUGAAGGACCUUUUUUUGUCUAAAUGUGAUACCUUUAUUUUUUUUAAUAUCUAUCUAAAAUGUAUUGAAUACAUUAUAAGGAUGAAGGCAUUUCAUGUGGUAGCCUUUGGAAGACCCCAUGUGACGGAAGUGAGAGUUUGAUUGGUAAUAUGUGGCUCCGUUUUGGAAGGAGUUGUGGGCACAGAGUUAUGCGAGUAAAACGGCAGAAGUCUAACUGCUGAAUGAUGGAUAAUCAACAACAGCAGGAUGUGAUUACACUAAAUCUGAGGAGACAGCAAAUAGAAAACAAAGAACAGAGAAGGAGUAUGAUUCAAACCAGGACCCGUUUUAUUGUUUUAUUACCCUAUAUCUUGCUUGAGAUCAUUGUGCCUUUAUGAAAAACAGUUAGACAUGUAAAAAACACUAAACUGUAUCCUAAUGAGGUCUUAAAAGAAGCAUUUUACAGCGUUUCUUUUUUCUUUAUGUUGAAGAUGGACUUGGUAAAUGGACUUGAGCUUAUAUAGCGCUUUUCUAGUCUUCCGACUACUCAAAGCUCUUUUACACCACCUGUCACACCGAUAAAACUAUGAAUUUCAUGCUAUAUUACUGUUACAGAACCUUAAAGGAAUAUAUUGACCUUUUUUCUGGAAAUGUGCUUCUUGGCAGAGUGUGAUAUAAGAUGAUUGAUACCACUUUUGUAUCUUUUUACUACAUAUAAUGCUAAGUUAGCUUAGCUUUUAGUAUGAAGACAGGAAACAGCUAGACUUGCUUUGUCCAGUGUAAUAAAAUAUGUUAAUCAUCUCACCUGAAACUGACUUAUGAAAAGAUGUUUCUUAAUGUUGUAAAAAAGUUGAAAAUAUACAUCCUUGGUAACGAUAUGGGAUGAUUUACUGCUGGAGUCAACUCACAGCCAUGAAACAGUCUGACUAUCCCUUUGUUUGGCAAAGCUUAUUAUUUACAGUACAAGUCUGAAAGUAGAAUUAAUCGUGAUCUGAUAUGUCACCAGAAAGUACAUUUCCCAAAAUUUCUACUCCUUGAAUAUGUUACAUGUCCUUUGAUAAUGAAAGAUUCAUUAAAUCUUGUUACCUUUGAUUUGCAUGUAUAAGCAUUAUAUAUUGUUUGUUUGGUACUCAAUUUGCAAAGUUUGUCUGCAGCACAAAUAGGAAAAUGUCUCUGUUUUGUUUUCUUUGUGGCAGAGUUCCUGCACCUCUCCAUUUAGUAAGUAAUGAAAAGUUCAAAUUAAUCUUUGGACUGAGACAAUGAACACGUUGAGAUCACAAGUUUUCAGCUCGAGUACAACCUUGUUACUGACACAUUUUCCUUCUCACUUGUUUUUUUCUUACUCCUCUAAGCUGCAAAUUCAUUUGAGAAAAAAUCAACAAAUCUAGUGCCCAACAAAACAACCUCAAGUCCAGUUCAAUGACAUACUGUACUUUAAGUGAACUCAUGCCAAGGCUGAAUGACAAAAAAGAACUAGAGAAUAUACAAGUAUUUUGAAUGAGCUUGUCACAAGUUAAUGAAUUGUUUUCAGCAUUUUUCUUAUCAUUUAGAUGAAUUUUAUGUGUGUGAUUUUUGACAAUAAGCCAUUAAUCUCUGAGCUCUCUUCUAACAACGCCUUUGACCUUUCUUUGUGAUCAUUAUCAGUGAUGGUUUUUUAAGCAAUUUAUUUUGUUUGCUAUGCAUUUUAUUAAAAAAAGAAAAGUAUUGGCCUUAAUGACUUUUAUGCAUGAUGUGUUGAUUAAGUUUAGUUUGUAUGUUUCAUUUUCUACACAGUAUUUUCUUUUUUUUUGAGUGUUUCUCCAGGCCCUUAUUGUAUGUAUUUUAUAUGAGCAUUUUGUAUCCUGUGUUUAUACUUUUAGUAGAUUUUUAUGAUGUAAUAAAAUGGCUCAUACAAAUUUUCAA